UAAAGUUAGAUAAAACAGUUUAUGUUAUUAAAUCUAGUUUCUAGACAAUUGUAUUCAAGAUAGAUAUAAUGAGGAAGAAUAUGUUUUGCUUAUAGCAAGAAAAUGUGCAAUAUUUGAAUCAUAGGAAAACUAAUACCUCAGUGCUCAACAUAUUGAGGUAAUCCAAUACAAUUAUCUGUACUCCCAAAGUUCCAUUUUAAUAAGAAAUAUUCGGUUAAAUAUUCAAAGAAAAAUCACAAAAUAUGGAUACAACGGAAGUUAUGAAUUCAGCUAACAAAUUAUUCAAUGCUGGCCGAUUUACUGAAUGUUGUAUUCAUCUUCAACAGGCAGUGGACUAUUGGUAUUUGAAUGUAAAUUUGAAAAACAUCAAACUCGAAGAUGAAAUUACAUUUUUAAUAUUAAAGAAUAAUUUGCUCUUAUGUAAUUGCUUAAGAAUUUUACCCACAAUUAGUGAGGACUAUGUAAGCAAAAUGACAGAACUCAUUAACUUUUCUAAACUUCAUUUAUUUGAACAACACAUACCUAUAUACCUACGAAUUAAUUUUAUGUAUAACACAUUGUACUGGUAUUGGCUUAAACCAGCUGAAAUUAUUGAUUAUUGUUAUAGUGAAGUUAUUACAUUGGUUAAUGAUUGUUUACUUCAAGUGUUACAAGAACUUGAUAAAAACAUCAUCAAUUUAAGCUCUCAUGUUGGUGAAGAGGAAAAUAUUUUAAAGAGCCUAGAACAUUUAUCCAAUAUGUUCCUUUGUUUGGAACCAAUAUUGGUCAUCCAAUGUUUGGAAGUUUCACAAAUUUUGAUGCAAGUCUUUCUGUGUCGGCAAACAUAUGUAACACUUUUUAUGGAUUUUAUUUCUGAAAUUUUAGAUAAAGUAAAUACUAUUAUCACGACAUUAAAACAUAAAAAAUCCAAUAUAGUUUUUAAUUGUUUUAAAUUUGGUCUAUCGCCAAUCAAUUCGUUUCUUAGUAUUGAUCAUAUUAACACAGUUAUUAUCACCGCACAUGUGUCUCUGUGUAUUGGAUAUACAUUGGAACGCCAACAUAAACAAGCAUUAAGCGUACUAAGUACUGUCGAUCAAUAUACAGACAUAAAAGAUCAAAUAUUCUGCUUGCAAUGCUAUUUACAGGCUUUUGCAAAUUUUAAUUUGGAAAAAUAUGAAGAUUCAUUUUAUUAUUUAGCACAAAUGACUAAUUGUUCAAUGGAUGAAUUUAUCAGAUCUAGGUAUUAUAUAUUACUUGGCAGAAAUUACUCCAAAUCAGAAAAGAGUGAUAUGGCUAUUAGUACUUUUGAAAAGUUGAAAGAUUCAAAGUAUAAUAGAGCAAUGGCUUUUUAUAUGUCGCAGCAUUAUGAAUACAACAGUGUGAAGUUAACUCAAAUUCUAGUACUAGAUCAAAUCAUUCAGGGAGAAUUAGAUGCGGAAGAUAAUAGUAAUACUCAUGCUAUUAGCUACUCAACCAGAGUUCUGUUAACUAUCCAUCCUCAGCCUGAUUUAACUAGAAGACAACUCCUAUACUUAGCAGCCAAGAAGAAAUAUAACCUUAGUAAAUAUAAAUUAGCAAUAUUAGAUUUUGAAAAUCUAAUUAAAUUAGAUGCUGCUAAUGAUGCAUACCAAUCUGAACUUGUACCAAUGCCUUCAAAUUUCAUGCUUAGAUGUGAGGCAGCUGUAGCUUUUUUAAAAGCUCAUGAAAUGAGCAAAGCAUUCACAUUAUGUCAUAGUUUAAUUGAAGAAUAUGACUGCGGUUUUGGUAUGUGGAAGAGCGAUUCAUUUUGGGCAAAUGAACUGAAUAGCUAUGAUUUCAAUGUAGUAGGCGCUCUGUUAUUAGCCGAGACAGGAAUUUUUCAAGAAUCUGAUACCAUUUUGAACGCUUUAAAUAAAUCGUUCAAUUGUUUGUAUACCAAAAUUGAUAGCGGAUAUUCAAGUAUAAGUAAUGAAGACGAAGAAAAUGUAAAAACAUUUCGUCGAGUUCUUAUGGGCAAGGUAUUGCUACUUAAAGCAACAGUUUUGAGUAGACUUGUAGAUCGCGAAGAUGAAUGUGAAGCUACUUAUAAUAAAGCACUUAAAUACAAUCCAGGGGAUGAAGAUAUAAUUUAUUUAUUCUCUAAGUGGUUGGAACAUAAAGGAAGAACUACACAGUCUAUAAGUGUGCGGGACUGUUUCGAUAAAAACAUUAGUAACACAAUAGUUUGCGAUAACCUUGUUUUGGAUCAUGUGCUAAAAUGUAGUGCUGGUCAUGAGAAUACAAACCUUGGAAUUUGUGAUCGCAUCGAUGAUUUGUUCGCUGACACUGAUGAAAAAAUUACUGAUAUAAAUACAGAAAUGAAUCCUGUCGAUGAUGAUAUUUUUAAUGAUUUGUUUGUAGACUAAAAUCAAUAUAAUAAAAAAAAUCUAUAUAAUAUGUAUAA